CCGACUCCAACGUUCCGGGAGGAGAGUGAGUGAGUCCCUCUGUGGAAGGAGGAGAAAGCGAUGUCGUUGUGCCCCUCGUUGGCAACUGCGCAUACUGUAUCUCUCUUAUCCAAAAAAUCCAGUCUCAGAUACGCAGGGAUCCAUGGCGGCCCUCGCUUCAGAGCUUCUUCCGCUAGUGAAGUACCCGACUUUCUUUCUGCAGAUUGGCUUGAAUCUCGCCGGAAGAGACCUUUUGGUCCAAGGCUAAGUUUUAGUGCAGAAGAAGCUAUCCAGCACCAACUUGAUGCUUUGAAGUACAAUGACAAACCCCGACAAGAUUAUGGGAUUGAGGUCAUGUACAGGUUUGCUGGAUUUGAUCCUUUUGAAAGGUCUACCUACUUUGGGCCAUUCUUUGACCUGGGGCAGUUUGAAAGGUUUAGGCGGAUUUUUCACCAUUCAACUUAUCGUGUGUUACUUGGUCAUAAAGAGAGAAAGAUCUUGAGUAGCUUGUUUGUAGAGGAGAAUCGUUUCAAGCAGAGGAUUUGGAUACUUGGAAAUCGCCCAGAGGAGGAAGAAAUAUUUGAAUUCACAAUGUUCCAGAGAGUUGGUGGUUCGUGGGAUGGUUAUUGGUUAACAGAGAGUUUACUUCACGAUGGGGAUGUCUUUGCUGGUGGUUUGGCAUACUGAGAAGAAACCGAUGCAGCUAUAUCAUGUUUUAUACCAAGAUAUCAGACACAACUUACUUGAAAUAAUGUAUAUAGUAUAAGAAUUGUUGCCAUGCUUGGUGCAAGAAGCUUGGUCAGUUGUAUUGAAACUGUAUAUAUGUAUGUCUAUUACACAUUUUAUUUGUCCUUUUCCUAUGUACCAAUUUGAAGAAUGGGCUCUUAGCUUAUAGAUACUGGCAACAUUUUCAGUUUUACUUGGAAUUCAACCUGAGUCUGCUUACCCAGUUGCACUGUUUCAAA